AUCUGUGCUUGCUUGGUUGCAUUUAUUCUCUCUCUCUCUCUCUCUCUCUCUGUUUUGCGCGUAAAUCACAACUCCAAAUGCAUUUCCACCCCACCGCAAUUUCCACUACUCCUUACCGGUCAAUCUCCGGCUCCAUUCUCCUACCGGAAUAUCAGAUUCCGUCCACAAUUCAAUCACAUUAUUAGUCUUCUUCUUCUUCUUCUUCUAGUACUUUUUGACUGACUGUUGUUACUGAUAUUCAUAGGUGUUAAAAUUAAAAUGAAUAGGAAUCAGUUUGAGAGAAAUAAAAGCUUGAAUAGUCCGAUUCCGGGAUGUUUGGGAAGAAUGGUGAACCUUUUCGAUUUGAAUGCGAGUUUAGGAGGAAACAGAUUGCUGACUGACAACCCACACUAUGAAGUCUUAAAUAUUGCUUGAAAUAGGUUCCCCGUUGUCUAGGAGCCAGUCGAAUGUGUCAAGGUCUCGAGUAGUUGAUGGUCGGAUGCAUGAUAAACCGAUGGUGUCUGAGUUAGCAAAAUCUGGGUCGAAUAGGAAGUUAAACGGGACGCCUAUAAAGAUGCUUAUUGCGCAAGAAAUGUUAAAAGAAGAGGUCCCGAAGCAAAGCCCACCUAACUUGGUCGCCAAGUUAAUGGGGCUAGAUGAUCUUCCACAGCAGCAUCAACUUGGUUCAGCUUCUUGCAGAAGCAGUUCAAGAAGAUCCAGAUCAAGAAGCCAUUCUGGAUCGUUGGACUUUAUGCAAAAAGAACAUGAUGAAGUUAAUCAGUACAAAGAUGUUUUUGAAAUAUGGCAGCAAUCAUGCAAAACGUAUGACGUUUCACCGCAAAAGGCGCCACAAAAGGGGAGAAAAUGCAAAGAAAGCAAGAAUGAGAAAAGCUUGGCUUUCGUUCGGGAGAAAUUCAUAGAAGCGAAACGGUUAUCCACCGAUGAAAAGCUUCGACAAACUAAACAGUUUCAAGAUGCGCUAGAAGUUUUAAGCUCGAAUAAAGAUUUGUUCCUCCAGCUUCUUCAAGAACCGAAUUCGUUGUUCUCUAAACAUCAAAAUUUACCGUCUGUACCCCCACUGCCAGACUCAAAAUGCAUUACGGUUCUUAAACCGUCUAAGUUGUCAGACGCUCAUAAGUUACCUAGUUCCGGAAAGAAAAAUGGGAAACAAGUAAACGGAAUUGUGUGGGAUAAAUACGAUGGAAACCCGAAUAAGCCAAAUCAGCCAACGCGUAUCGUUGUACUGAAACCUAGUACUGGAAAGCCUCAUGACAUGAAAGCCUUUUCGUCUCCUUCAUCAUUAAAAACAUCAAACGAGGAGGAUGGAUUUUACGGAGAUUUAGAAGACAACGAGCCAAAAGAGAGUACACGUGGCAUACCAGAAAGUCCGAGUGGCCGUAGAAGAGACGAAACUCUUCUUUCCUCUGUUUUUUCCAAUGGUUAUGUUGGUGACGAGAGUUCAUUUAGUAAAUCUGAAGUUUAUUAUGCAUCAGGGAAUCUGAGUGAUUCAGAGGUGAUGUCACCAACGUCUCAACAGUCCUGGGAUUACGUUAACCGUUUCGGAAGCCCGUAUUCUUCUUCCUCGUUCAGUCACGCAUCUUAUUCUCCGGAAUCGUCUGUUUGCAGAGAGGCGAAAAAGCGCUUGUCUGAAAGAUGGGCUAUGAUGUCGUUAAACGGGAAUGUUCAAGAACAAAGACAUGUAAGAAGAAGCUCCAGUACAUUGGGAGAAAUGCUUGCACUUUCCGAUAUAAAGAGAUCGGUAGAAUCAGAAGAAAAUUGUAAAAAUACUAGCAAUUUGAACAUAAACAAGUGUCAAGAUGCUGAUAUUGAUAUUGAUCGUAGUCCUAAAAGUUUGAUGAGGUCGAAAUCGCUUCCGGUAUCUUCUACCGACUUCUUGAAAGGCAAAAAGGAUGAUGAUAAGGAGUUGACCAAGGAAAAAAGUCAUAAAUCAUCGCUGUUUAAAGGGAAAGUUUCAAGUUUAUUUUUUUCCAAGAGUCGAAAAUCUAGCAAGCAGAAGUCCCAAAAGUCCGAUGAUGACACUCAUCAAUCGUCAAGAAACAUUGGUAAUGAUGGAUCUCAGUGCGUUAGUGACGUCGUGGUUAAAGGCGUUGAUGCAGAGCUAGCGAGUCAACAUCUACCUGAGGGGGUGUUUUCUGGAAAUGCAAACGAGAAUCAAGAACAGCCAAGCCCUAUUUCGGUAUUGGAGUUACCCUUUGAAGAUGACGAUCAUACAUCAGGAGAUUCAAAUAAAUGCAAUCUGAUCGGCAAAUCACCGCUAAUUGGAUCAAUUGCACGGACUCUCUCAUUCGACGAUUCUGAUGUGGGGACCGUCUCUCCUGUUUUAGGCGAAACGUCAACAAAACCCUUGAGUCGAGAGGAAGAAGAGCAAGAAUGUUUAUUGUAUGUACAAACACUAUUAUCAGCAUCUGGAAUUAACGGUGAGGUCCAGUCAGAUACAGUUAUCGCCAGGUGGCAUUCACCCGAAAGCCCUCUGGAUCCAUCUUUGCGGGACAAGUACAUGAACCAAACUGAUAAGGUGGUUGACCAAUCCAAACAAAGACACCAAAGAUUUUUUCAAAAGCUUGUUUUUGACGCUGUCAACGAAGCCUUAAUAGGUGGGACCCACAAAGACCAUGUGUGGGGCCAGAUGAAGGAAUGGUUAUCUGGGGAUGAAAGGUGUGUGUGGGAUGGUGAUGAGGAAGAUGGUGGCGGCACCAUCACCCCGCUGGCGGUGGAGUGGGUGGUGAGGAAAGAGGUUGCGGGCCAGGUUUGGACGAAGUGUUUGAAAGUGCAAAUUGAUGAUAUUAGUAAGGAAAUAGAAGAGAAGGUGGUGGAACAACUUGUGGAAGAACUUGUGCUAGAGUGAUUUUGGCUUACACUCCUUAAUUAAUCACACAAUUGUUUGUUAUUAAUAACAGUAUUAUGAUGUCUUGUGAGUUUCCAACAAUCAUGGUCUUUUCUGGGUGUCUGUGUAGUACAAAAUAAAUACAAGUUAUUUAAAUCCAAAUUCAGGGUUUCUUUUGUA